GAAAGGAAAGGCGAAGCCCAAGGGAUAAAAGGUUUAAAGUUGAAAAUUGUACAAAAAGGCCGACUCAAACGCCUAACAGAAAUUCCGAGGGCAGUGCCAUUCUUCUUCGGUUCUUUCCAUUGAUUCGAUUCUUCAGAUAACACUCCAUUUCACAAAGCACCGAAAACCGAAAAUGGUAGUUGAAGAUACGAUCAAAGCUACAUCGGCGGAAGAUCUUUCUAAUUCCAUUGCUAAUCAAAACCCUAGAGGACGUGGCGGUGAGGAAGAUGAGGAACUUGAGGAAGGUGAGAUCGUCGGCGAUGACGACCUUGACUCCUCCAAUUUGACCGCGGCCUUAGUUCAUCAGCCUCACCCUCUUGAGCACUCUUGGACCUUUUGGUUUGAUAACCCAUCUGCCAAAUCCAAGCAAGCCACCUGGGGUGCGUCUAUGCGACCGAUCUAUACCUUCUCCACUGUCGAGGAGUUCUGGAGUGUUUACAACAAUAUUCAUCAUCCAAGCAAAUUGGCGUUGAGGGCAGAUUUGUACUGCUUCAAACAUAAAAUUGAGCCUAAAUGGGAAGAUCCUGUUUGUGCGAGUGGAGGGAAGUGGACUGUGAACUUUUCAAGGGGAAAAUCUGAUAAUGGCUGGUUGUACACGCUGCUUGCUAUGAUCGGAGAACAGUUUGACUGUGGUGAUGAAAUUUGUGGAGCAGUUGUUAAUGUUAGAUCUGGGCAGGAUAAAAUAUCGAUUUGGACAAAAAAUGCUUCCAAUGAAGCUGCGCAGGCGAGCAUUGGAAAACAGUGGAAGGAGUUUCUUGAUUACAAUGAGAGCAUUGGCUUUAUAUUCCACGAUGAUGCAAAGAAAUUUGAUAGACAUGCGAAGAAUAAAUAUAUGGUGUGAUCUGUACGGUUUCUAGUGUGUGGCGUGGGAGGAGGAUGACUCGUACUAUUUGUGCAAAGCAUGCUCUGCUGCAUCUCGGCAUGUAAGGUUGAGCUGUGGCUAGUGGGUACUACCUUUAGUUUCAACCUCCCCUCCCCCGAAACACCAAACACACCACCACCCCAGAGAAAGAGAAAAAAGAAAAAGAAGGGUUUUAUUCGGUAAACAAUGUUUUUGUUCGAUUAGGAAUUUGUGGAAAUCGCCAUUGCGCAUAAAACAAAAGCGCCUGAAUCUCAGAUUCUUGUUCUGUACUUCGACAGUUUUAUAGCCAAUGAGGUGAAAUGGAUGCUCUUCUAUAAUCAACUUCUAUUAGCCUAGCUUGGUCUGA